CCCCCGGUCCUCUCCGCGGAGCUCAGUCGGCGUAAGCCGCAGAGCAGAGAGCAUGUCCGGGAACAGCAGAGCGAUCCUUGAGGCCACCAGACUGCUGUGCGCCAGCAGAGGAGCACUGCAGCUCCCGAAGCUGCACGAGAGGCUGCGGGAGCGCUGCAACAUCACCGCGGAGGACCUCUGCACGAUGGUCUGCGAGCAUCCCCGCUUCGUGCUGGUCCGCGGGCCUGAGAGGGACGGCAGACUGCGGCCGGAAGAAUGCACGGUGGUGGCACAAACGUCGCUGCGACUGUGCAGGAGCUACGGACGCGGGGAACCGUGCGGAGGCUGCGAGGAGCUGCACCUCUGCAAGUUCUUCAUCUACGGAACCUGCAGGUUCGGCAAGGGCAGGAAACCGUGCAGAUUCUCCCACGACGUGCGAUCGGAUCAUAACUAUCGAUUGCUGAGAGAGUGCUCGCUGCACGAGCUGGACGAGGACGAACUCUUCCUGCUGCUGCUGCAGAACGACCCCGCGCUGCUGCCCGAGGUGUGUCUGCACUAUAACAAAGGCUCGGGGCCUCAUGGCUGCUGCACCUUCCAGGGAGCGUGCACUAAAAUGCAUCUGUGCCAGCACUUUGUCCAAGGCGACUGCAUCUUUGGAAAAAAGUGCAAACGACAGCACGCCAUCGACGAGCACGGCCUCAGCGUGCUGGAGGAGAGAGGGCUGAGCAGAGACGCCAUCCACGACCUGCCCUUCAUCUACAGCAACAUCCACCAACUCAGAGCCGCUGCUGCCGAGAACGUUCCUGAAUCGGCUCAAUUUCAUGAAAUCUGCCUGCACUUCUUCAGAAACAGCUGCAAGUUUCAGAACGCUUGCCUCCAGGUGCACUUCUACCUGCCGUAUAAGUGGGAGGUUCUGGACGGCAGCACCUGGACGGACCUGCAGCACAUGGAGGACAUCGAGCGAGAUUUCUGUGACCCGUAUAAAAUGGAGAGUGGCUGCGUUCAGCCAAUCGACUUCAUGACGAUGACUCGAGGGUCGCAGCCCGUUCGGCGUCUCUCCACCGUCUCCUCUGUGAAAAAGCCGCCUUUCUACUCCCUGACCACUGAUUGGCUGUGGUACUACAAGGGGGACCAUGGGAAGUGGGUGGAGUAUGGACAGCUGGAUGAGAGGCAGUGCUCCACGUCAGAAACAUCUCGGACUCUGGAGGAAAAAUACCAGUCUGACAGAAAAGCUGAGGUCAAAGUGGUGAAAGGCCGGAGGGAGUACAUCAUCAGCUUCAAAGACAUGUACCAGAGGAACCCCAAACACAACACCAAGAGGAAAGUCUGCCGCCGUCCACGCUUCGUCUCCUGGGAUGAGGUGGAGAACCAGGUGGCUGUGUUCCGAAACCAGAUGUGACCUGAUGUGGUCUGACUGGACCUGAUGAGUGCCUUAUAUGAGCAGCAGGGCCUGCAGGGCUCUCAGGGUUCCUGUUUCCAUUACAUUCAGCUUUAAGUGUGUGUGUGUGUGUGUGCUGUAUAUUCAUCACAUGCUGUAGCCUUUAUCACUGACUCAGUGAUUUAUCCUUACUGGAAACAUUCAUUAAUGUAUUGAAAUGUGACUUCUGUUAUUGGGUGUUUGGGUUAUUACACCUGCUCAGGUGCAGCACGCUCUGCUGUCUCAUGAGCCUGAUGAACUUUAUUGAGCUCCUUUUUCUUUUGAUUUGGUGUGAUCAAUAUUCUCCUUAAACCACCAGUUUGAAAUCUUCUCAUUUAAGAGGAAUGGUGUCAUGUGAUCACCAAAGUCAUCAGGAUUGGUCCCCAGAGGACGAAUGAAGGUGCAGCUGUGAUCCACAAUCAACGACCACACAGCUUAGCAAAUCAACAUUAACGAGGCGCUGAGAGUAAAUUCUGAUAAAUAUUCAACCCGAUCAUGUUUACACGACCUGCAUACACAGAAUCAACACAGAAUCAGCCGUUAGCCUGACACUGACCACACAGUUCAAACCCACAGGCUUCCUGCUGUGAGGCGGUGGUGGUAACCUCUGUGCCACCCGGCUCAGGGUCUGCAUGGGGGUGAGGAGAAGACAAAGAAGGGUUAUUCUGAACAGUGAGUGAUGCAAAGCUGCUGUGUUGGAAGGACAGGAUGAAAACACAUUUCCUGAUUUUCAUUCAGGAGCGAGUCUGAAACUUUGAUCUGUGUUGAGAUGAACUCUGCAGCUCAUCCUGCUCAUUUCACCCACUCUGUAUAAAUAUGUCUGAUUUCUGUCUGUGAGCUAAACUGAACUGCAGUCAGUCUCUGCAGGCUGUGAGUUUGUGCUCCUGUGUUCAGCGGAAACAAGAAUAAAUGUUCUGUGAUGAAGUUUAAA